AACGACACCAAACGACAAUAGAGCCGAAUUCAAAUUCAGGUACUAAAGUUUAUUCGUAAAUCGCAAGUCAUGAACCAAAAUAUAUUGUUUUGACGAUAGUUAUAAAAAUUACAAAACAAACCUUUAAUUUUUGGGUUUCCAAAGCAAAACUUCCGAAAUAUCAAGCCAAAAAUCAAAGUGAAACCGGUUUGUACCAGAAUUCAACAUGUCUGACAGUAGCAAUAAUAAGAUUCCUAACUAUGUACAUCAGGCUGUUAUUAUGAGCGAAACUAUUAAAAAAGAGUUGAGACAUCAAAAAAUAUUCACAGAAUACAGUAUCAAUCCUUUUAAGAAAACUGAUAAACCAAAUAGAAUACAAGAAGCUGAUGCUGAAGACAAACACUUUGCGAACGUUAUACAACGCGCUUCUUUGGAACCACCCAAAAAAUAUAUCGAACCUCAAACAGAAAAUCAGGAAUAUGGUUGGAUAAGUCAGCCACUAAUGGAAAUAGACAGGAGUGAUCCAAGGUUUUAUCAUCCUAAAGUUGCUUGUGAAAUGACGAAAUUUAUGGAUGCGUAUUGGAAACUAAAUGAACAGCGUAAAUUAAAUUCGUGAGUCUUAGGGAUAAAUGAAUAAUACCUGAUGCAUUAAAAAUACAAUAUUGUAAAACCUGAAAAUAAUUUCAUCAUAAAUAUUGUCUGAUAUCUUUCUAUUUUUCGUUUAAUAUAUAUAGUUUUAGAAUGGAUUUAUUCUUGUAAAAUCCAAUUGUUAUUAUUUUUAUGUGGAAUAAACAAACGUAUUUUCAUAUUUAGUGAGGUGAGUUGUUUUGAAAUAUAAUAAUUAUUUUAGUAAUAAA